AGAUGGAACCUCUGCGGCUGCGAUUCAUUUGACUUCACUGCAUCGUGGACAGAAACAUGCCGUCGGUUUUCCUCGUUGUUCUCCUGCUGCUCGGAUGCAGUGACAGCUUCACGUUUGACGGAAACAUCAUUGAUUUCGCUGUUGUAAACAGUACACUUUAUAUUGCCGCAGACGACAAACUCUACCAGAUGAACAGUAGCCUUUCAGUAGAGCGUCUAAAGGACACUUCUAACACAACGCAUCAUAAUAGGCUGAAGAUUCUGGUGCCUUUUGAGAAGAACAACACAUUGUUCACCUGUGGAGACCGAAGUUGUGGAUACUGUGUGGUGCAUGAUUUGAAUGAUAUUUCCAAAAUCAUACAUGAAGAAUUUAUAAAUGUAGCUUCCAUCAAUCCUGAAGAUUCGUCUCUGGGGUUUUUAGUCGACCUUGAAGAUGGCCAGGAAAGCACAUACCUGCUGGCUGGAGCGUUCCAGAGAGAAGAGAAGCUAAGAAAUUGCAACUCUGAGGGCUAUUUAUUAACUCUGCGGAGCACAAAAGAUUCGCAGACGGGAGGGAUAUUUUCGGCGAUUGGAGAGCAAGGUACCCCAUUCAUCGGCACUAGGAGGAAAGACGUUGUUGAGUUUGUGAAAGGCUUCCAGCUGGAUUCGCGGAUUUAUGUGUUUUUGAAUUUACGUCAAAAUAAAACGCUGUCACCAGUCCGUGUUCGGCUUUUGUGGAUGGAUGCAAAAGUAAAUAAGAGAAACACGUUAUCAUCCCUUGGAGGUGUGACCCUGCAAUGCUGUGAGGACAAGUCUCGUGCGCUGCUCGUUUCAUCUACCGGGGCUCAUGGCAGCUCUCAGCAGCUCUGGGCAGGUGUCUUCACUGCUGGUAACGAUCGCGUCCCUGUGAACACCGCGCUAGCCAUUUUCAGCCUGACACAGAUUAUCACCAACGGUGGAUCUACAAAUAAGGACUCCGAUUUUUGCCUUAGUUGUACUGGUCAGAAUACUGAGCAAAUUCAACCUGUGGCGGUGAACCCGACGGCAGUGGUAUUCCGGUACUCCUGGAUGACGUCAGUGGCCUCUGUGACGCUCGGUUCCUGGCUGGUGUACUUUGUCGGGACAGGAGAUGGUCAGUUAAUCAAAAUUGCAGUGGACAAGGCCCUGAAAACAACCUGCCCCAUUGUCUUGUACAAAGCUGAUGACGAUCGCAAGAUUUCCAAAAUGGUGCUGGACCCAGGAGAUGAGAAACACAUCUAUGUGGCUUUGGAGAAUCAGAUAAGGAAGGUGGGUGUGGCUCAAUGUGAGAGAUAUGAGAGUCUGACAUCCUGCUGGAACGCACAGGACCCCCACUGCGGGUGGUGUGCCUCUCAGAACAGAUGUAUGUUUCGUGAUGAAUGCUCAGGGUCCCUGUGGUUCUCCAUUCCCGACGGCUCUGUGCAGAAGAAAAUGUUUUCUUUUCAGGUGGAUCUGAGUCCUUCUAAAGAGGAAGUCACUGUGAAUGUAAUGGCCCACCUGAAUGAGCAACAUACAGGAAGACCCGCCUUCUCCUGUGCUUUCACUACAGAACAGGGGAACCUGUGUGUCGGGUCUGGAAGUGUCUCUCCCUCACACAGCUGCUCCUGCAGCUUCUCCACAGAGAAGCUCCCUGCUGCAGGCCUCAGGGUAAGAGUGCAAAUCUCUUUGGGGGACCAGCAGGUCUCUGAAGACUGGACUUUGAGGAACUGCUCUGCCCUGGUUGGAGAGCCCACCGCUGGCCUGUGUUCAGACUGUGUCACAGCUGGCUGCUUAUGGUCACAUCACACAUGUACCUGGAUGUCUAAGCCUCCACGCCUGAAUCAAACAGAGGCCACGUGUCAAAGCUACCCGUCUGGACAGAACAUCUCUGAACCGAAAAUAAUCUCUGUGGAUCCAAAUGAAAUAUCCUUUUAUGGGAAAAACAAUGUAACACUGAAGGGAGAAAACCUUGAUCAAGUGACUAAAAUACGUAUCCGGGACAAAAUGGACUGCAAUCCAAAGGAGUCUCCAGUGUGGAACCGCUCCAACCACAGUCUAACGUUCCACGUUCCGAGUGCCAGCAAGGGUGUAGUGACCGUUUGCACCGUGGUCCCUGGGGGGAAGUGCCACGGGUCGGCUGAAAUCGCUUACAGGUCCCUGCCCUCCUGCAGCAGCUUAUCACCCAACAGCACCUGGGCCAGUGGGGGAAGGAUAAUCAGAAUCCUUGGCUCAAACCUGCAGUUUGUAGAUGGGGUAGAACACGAUGGCAACCAGCAGACACUCAACAUGAAUGCCAGUUCCAAUGGAAUUGGCUGGUACCAAACACCAGCUUCAGGAGAUGAAACAGUCAAAGGUGUGAGGUUGAAGGUGGCGAAUAAAACGAUCAACUGUCCACCCCUCACCUACCACGCAGACCCGGAGUUCACCAGCUUCACUGCCACGCCCACAGGAGAUGACCUACGCAUCACCAUCAAGAAAAAAGCAGACAAAAUGAACAUUGGGCCAGAGGAACUGACCAUUUGGGCCAUGGACCACCGCUGUGAGAACAUCAUAGUUGAGACGGGAAAAAACAUUGGCGAAGAUUCCGUGGUCUGUGAAAUCAGCAAUGAGGCAAAUGCAAAGAUACAAACAGUCAAGAUAAUACUGGGAUACCGUACAUAUGAAGUAGAUGGGGCACAUUCUUUUAUGUACCUCAUACUGUUGAUUUUGUGUAUCAUACCUUUGAUUAUUGUCGGAGUGGUGUGGAUUUAUCGUGUGAAGCAGAGGAACCUGUCGGAGCAAAUGAAUGAGCGCCUGGAGCUGCUGGAGAAUGACAUCAGAAACGAGAUUCGACAAGGCUUUGUGGACAUGCAGACAGAAAAAUCAGACUUAACAGAAAACGUUGGUGCGAUCCCCUUCUUAGACUACAAGCAUUUUGCUUCCAGAAUUUUCUUCCCUGAGGCUGGAGCUGCGACAAGCUCUUUCCUUAAAGACCUGGGCCAGGACUCGGUGAAAGUGCAUACAGAUGAGAGCUGCCAGGCCCUGUCCCGACUGAUCCAGGAACAGUUCUUCCUGACUUCCUUCAUCCACACGCUGGAGGAGCAGAAAAACUUCACCAUCAAGGAUAAGUGCACUGUGGCCUCCCUGCUGACUCUGGCGCUGCACAGUGACCUUCCCUACCUCACAGAGGUGAUGGAGGACCUGCUCCGUACCCUGAUGGAUCUGUCCAGCAAUGCCCAGCCCAAACUCAUGCUGCGCCGCACUGAGUCCAUCGUGGAGAAGCUGCUGACCAACUGGAUGUCCAUUUGUCUGUAUGGCUUCCUGAGGGAGUCUGUGGGGCAGCCCCUGUACCUGUUGGUGUCUGCACUGAAUCAGCAGAUCUCCAAGGGCCCGGUGGACUCAGUGACGGAGAAGGCUCUGUACACUCUGAAUGAAGAUGGGCUGCUGUGGCAGGCUCAGGACUUCAACACCUUGAAGCUGAAGGUGUCGUAUGCGGUGGUCUCCAUGGGAGAGGGCAGCGCCCCCCUGGAGGUCAGUGUGCUGGACUGUGACACAGUGGAGCAGGUGAAGGAGAAGAUCCUGGCAGCCUUCAGGAGCAAGUUUGGCUUCCCCUACAGUGGGAAGCUAGGGGACAUUAACAUCACAUACGAGAAGGCAGGCGGCUGUGUUCUGCUACAGGAAGUGGACAGCACUUCACAGGUUCUGGGGGAAGUGACCAUGCUCAACACUCUUAGGCACUACCAGGUUCCUGAUGGAGCACCGGUCAAAGUCACCCUCAAAGAAGCCCAUGCCCCUUUGAGCAGCCAAGUCAGCUUGAAGGAUGAUAAGAACUUCUCCAUCAAGUACUUCCAUUUGAUCGAUCCUGAUAUUGACCAUGACCUGAGGAAGCACCCAGAGAGGAAGAAGCUGAAGCUGAAGGAGGUCUAUCUGACAAAACUGCUGUCCACCAAGGUGGCCGUUCACUCCUUUGUGGAGAACCUUUUCAGGACGAUUUGGGGCACGGCCAACAGCAGAGUCCCACCUGCUGUCAAAUACUUCUUUGACUUCCUGGACACCCAGGCCGAAAACAAGAAGAUCACCGACCCGGACGUGCUGCACAUCUGGAAGACCAACAGCCUGCCCCUGCGCUUCUGGGUCAACAUUCUGAAGAACCCCCAGUUUGUGUUUGACAUGGAGAAGACGCCCCAGCUGGACAGCUGCCUGUCUGUCAUUGCACAGGCCUUCAUGGACUCCUUCUCCCUGGCUGAAAACCAGCUGGGCAAGCACGCGCCCACCAACAAGCUCCUCUACGCCAAAGACAUCCCACAAUACAAGCAGGAAGUGAAGGCCUACUACAAGCAAGUGAGGGACAUGCUAGGUUUCACUGGCCCAGAGUUCAAGGUCUUCCUUCAAGAGGAAUCAAAGAAACACGAGAACGAAUUCAACGAAUCAGCAGCACUCCGUGAAAUCUACAGAUACAUGCAGCGGUACUUCACUGAGAUCCAGGAGAAGCUGGAACAGAAUGGUGCCUCUAGUGACCUGAAGGAGCAACUGCAGAAGGUCAAGGACCUGUUCAACAGCCACAAGAGCUGUUCUUGGGAUUGACCGGACUCCCUCCCCACCCUGGACAGUUGUUCUGUAGGCUGUUCUCCCUCCGUAUGCUCAGCUCCAGCUCCAAUUACUGUUCCUGUUGCAUUCAUGGCAGAAAAGGCACAGGGUCAGCUCUUAAGGAAUGCCCCCCUUCCCACGAUGACUGUCUGUUGGCGUUUAUCACAAGAGGAAUGCUCCGGGGGAUUCUUUUGAGUGAAGGACUAACAUAGCCACAAACACCAGCCAUGCACUUGUACUUUUUUUGCUUGUAGCUUUGACAUUAAUAUGCUUUUAUACAAUGCUGAUUAACCAUAACCAAGCUCUCACACGUUGCCUUUAUGGAGACAUUAAUCAUGGUACUCCACCACACAAACCCCAGUACAAGGGUGUGUUCAGAGUCAAUUUAAGAAAAAUUGAACAUGGUCCUUUACUGUGGCACACCUACACCAGUCAUUGCCUAUUCAAGACUUGUUAGAAUUACCAAUCAUCAGACAUAUUGGCCCACUACGAAAGAUAGCACACCAUGCCCCAAUGCACUAGUGCUGCUGAAGAAGCCCCAUGACUCCAUUUUUGUGCAUAGUCCACUGGUGGCCUUGUUUUAGUGUGUGGGAAGGAGCUGCAUAACCACUGGGUUUUACCUGGGCUGAAUUUGGUCUGAUUUCUACACAAUCAGAUGAUGCCCAGGCAUUCGCCUAUUCAGGAUUCCAGUCUAUCGCAGGGCCGCUUCCGACAAUCCAUCUUUGUUAAUGCCUUAAAAACACACAGCGGAACAGGAAAAAUAAGUCUGACAAACUGAGAAACACAUCAGCAAGACAAUGCUGUAUUGCCUCUGUGGCCUUAGUGCGGAAUCUGUUCCAAAUUCCCUCUGGUUCCUUUUGCAAAGAGGGCAUUGGAAUGUCUUUUUUUCAGCUGUGUAUUGUAUGCAGUGCUGCAGUAAAAAAAAAACCCAAUGCUGUAGCACAAUCGCAUAUUUUGGACGUACCUCCACGUUGUUUAUCUAGAAGAUAUCCUUCAUCUUCCACUGAACACAGACCACAGUACCACCAGUUUCUGUCUGAGGUGAUUUGCUGUAUUUUAUAUUAAAACAUGUAAAGUUGUUAUACACUGCUUUUAUUUACUUCCACAUUCACAAUAUGCACCGAUGAAGUCUGAAGUUUAGCUGUGAAUUUUUUAUAAAACCAUGACACUUGUUACUUGUUAACUUGUUAAUGUUUCACUUCAGAGUCAGGUAGCUUUUGCCCUUCUUUCUGAUUGUCAGUUGCUUUGCUGCAUUUUAAGGAAGUACUGCCAGCAAUUUGUCAGCUGUUAUUGUUGAUCCUGUUUUCAGAUCUGUAUUUUUACAUGUGUAAUGAGAUAAGUUUCAUUAAUUGACUAUCGUUGUUCAGCAAUUAUCGUGGCUGCUCUCUCUGAAUAAGUGCUUUUACGCAAUCUCUUGCAUCAUGACGAGCGACAUCAUGACAGGUUUCUUAAUUAACUUACAGCUGACAAAAUCCACUCUUUGAGAAGUCUUCAGUUUAUGAGAAAUUGGGUUCUUGAGAUACACACCUACACUUUUACAUACAAGUUGAAAAGUAUCCAUCCAAAAUAAAUCAUAAUACAAA